CUAAACGUUUCAACAACGACGAAGCUUCUAACACGAUAGUGUUUGGAAACAGAAUUCUACAGGGAAAAUGCCGAAAGUCGUGUCGCGAAGUGUAGUGUGCACUGAUACAAAAGAUCAGGAAGAGUACCAGGGGGAAAAGCCGUUAUAUGUCUACUACUGUCUGUGUGGGCAAAUGUCACUUAUCCUAGAUUGCCCUUUGGAAAAAUUGCCUUUGAGAAAGAGGGACAAUUCUCGAGUUAUCGAUGGACAGAAACAUGCUUACAAGUUAACAUGCGAUCCAGACGACAUCAUUUAUCUGAGACGACCAGAAGGCAUAGAGAAACAGUACAGACAAAAGUGUAAGAGGUGUGGUUUGUGGAUGUUCUAUCAUCACCAAGGAAACAGUAACAUCAUGUUCAGUGUGGACGGGGCGUUAAAACGUGAGGGAGAGGGUGUGAAGACAGACGUGUACAGUCAGAUAGCCAAAGAACCUAGGAAGAAGGUGACACUGACAAAGCACACGAAGAACAUGGGUAAAUUCAGCUCAGUUACAGUCUCCACAGUGGAUGAAGAAGAGGAGGAAAUAGAAGCUAAAGAAAUUGCUGACUCAUAUGCUGCCAAUGCUAAGGUUAUAGAGAAACAACUACUCAGGAAGGGAAUGAGCAAACGGAAGCUUUUGGAACAAGCUGAGGAGGAAGCUAAGAAGAUGCGACCCAAAGGGACUUUGAUUGACAAGUGAAGGAACCAAUCAGAUUUAAAAGUGAAAGUAAAAGAGACAGUGGAAGUUUGGAACAGCAAAAACACAUCCAAGUUCAUAGGGUGCUGGAAAGUCUAGCUAUUCUUAGUUUUGAACUCUGGUGCUGGUUGUUUUCCAGUCUCUGAGAGACUGUGAUCACUAAAAAUGAUCUGCCCAACAUUUAAUGAGGGGCAAAGGUUGUCUGGGAGACAUUUUUGAUCAGAUUUGACUACCCUUGUCCAAGUCUCUAGAUCCUUGAUCGUGAAUCUCAACUGAGCAAAGCACAUGGAAAAGGUGGGGUUGUUGAUUUCAUUCUGAUGUCAUAAGACCAGCCCAAGACACGGCAAUGCAAACAUUACUUUCGAGAUACUGUGCUCAAGUCGUUUUAUGCUUAAUUAACAUGGCACAGCAACUUUGCCCAUAAUUCAAAUUCAUCGUGAUAAUGGCCACUGUGACAAUUUUAUAUUUUCAGCUUUUACCAUGACUGACUGAAUGAAUGAAUGAAUGAAUGACACCUUUUUUAAUUACUGGAGGUGUCCUAAUGUACAAAGGUGUCCUAAAUAUGUCAUUCAGCUAAGACAAUGUUCUCGAUCCUGCUAUUUUGUCUCUAGACUGAUGAGGUUGCAGGCCUUGAAUCACGUGUUUGGUUGCGACCUUACGUCAGGAGAUUUCCUCCUCUCAUAACCUGAUUGUCAUCAUGAAAGUGAAUAUGUUUAGUCAAAUAAACAAAUGGAAAGUAUGAAAAAGAGUAUGGCUUCUGCAGAAAUUGUAUGCUGUACUCUGUAUAAUAAAAUGUUUUUAUUGCACUUUGUGGUUUU